GACCAUGCAGUCAUCUGAAGUAUUAGAGUCAUCCGAUGCAGCAGAGGAGGAAGAAGUUCCUGUUUCCAUGGUCGAUGUGCUGGAAGAAGAGCAAGAGCUUGAAGCAGAUGCCAGUGCCGUACUGGGAGGCAGUGAUGCUAGAAAUUGCACAUAUGAUGAGCAUGCCUACGUGAAGCGGCAGGCGCUGUACGCGUGCGGCACGUGCGUGACGCCCGACAUGUCGCCGGCCGGCAUCUGCCUCGCCUGCAGCCUCGAGUGCCACGACGGACACGACCUCUACGAGCUCUACACGAAGCGCAACUUCCGCUGCGACUGCGGCAACGGCCGCUUCCCGACGCUGCGCUGCCGCCUGUUCCCGGACAAGGCCGCCGCGAACCCGGGCAACCGCUACGGCCACAACUUCCGUGGGGUCUACUGCGUCUGCGAGCGGCCGUACCCGGACCCGGACGACGCCGUCGACGACGAGAUGAUCCAGUGCGUCGUCUGCGAGGACUGGCACCACGGGCGCCACCUGGGGGAGGCGGUUGUGCCCGACGGCGGCGCGUUCGCCGAGAUGGUGUGUGGCGCGUGCAUGGACUGCUUCGCGUUCCUGCGCGCAUACGCGUCGCGGUUUGCAUGCGCGGACACAGACGAUUCGGCGCCGGUGGACGUGGAGAGCCACGAUACAACUGCGGCGGCGGCGACGGCAGAAGUGACAGCGGAGGCGGCGGCAGAGGCGGCCGUGGAGGCGGUGGCGGAAGCGGCGGUGGGGGUAGCUGCGGCGGAGAGCAAGAAAAACGAGAGGAAAACGAUCGAAGGGCUUCGGGAAGAGGAGAAACCUCCCGCCGAAGCCGACGAGGGCCGUGAUGCACACGAGUCGGAUGUGGAGAGCCACGAUACGGCGACGGCGGUGGCAGCGGGGGAAGCUGCGGAGGAGAGCGAGGGCAGGAAGACGACCGAAGGGCUUCGGGAAGAGGAGAAACCUCCCGGGGAAGCCGGCGAUGAGAAAUGUUGGCGCCCGGAUUUGUCUAAACCAGACGCGUGCUCGGUCGAAGCCGUAGGAGACGCGGGGCCCGACUCGGAGGCCUCUGCUACUCAAGUGAAAUUCGAAGCAUCUGCUACUCAAGUGAAAUUCGAAGCAUCUGCAGCGACUGCUGGUGAUGAAGGUUUGUCGGAGACAGCUGGAAAAACAGAGCAGCCUGCCGUAGAGACGAGUAGUACGGAAGUCCCUGCAGGCACCUGCCGACUCAAGGCGCUGACUGAGGAUAAAGUAGAGCCGCAGAGUGGCGCCACCUUUUGGCCGGAGGGCUGGCGAGAGAAACUGUGCCGGUGCGACUCAUGCUGCCAUCUAUACGAUGAGCUGGACGUCGCGUUCUUGCUUGACGAGGCAGACACGAUAACGGAGUACGAGAGGCGAGGCAAGGGAGGCUCGAACGGCGCGUCUCAGUAUGAGCAGGGCAUGGCCGCACUCUCCAGCAUGAACAGGAUACAGCAGGUUGAGAUGAUUCGCGGGUAUGAUGACAUGAAGAGCGAGCUGACGGACUAUCUCAAGCGAUUCGCCGACACGGGAAAGGUCGUGCAGGCGGACGACAUUCGUGCGUUCUUCGGAGAGAUGCAGGGUCGCAAGCGUCAGAAGCUCGCAUCUGGCAUCACGCACUUCUGUAGGUGAACUCGCGAUCGCCGCAACCGUCUACGCGCGACACGCGAAUUAAAUCGCUGCGGAUGGCACGUGAACGCGUGGUGGUCGAUGUAUUGUGUGCACGCGUCUAGUCGUUCGUGUCGUUAAUGCUUUUCGUCAGAUGCUUAACCUUGAGCAGGGUGCUUAGCGUGGGAGGUCACGUUCCCAUCGCACGAGCUCAGACUAAACAAUUUGCUAAGCACAAACUGAGACUCAUGCAGGUUACAGGUUAAAUGCCAUGGCUCAGAUUAGCCACAGGCUAAAUGUUUUAAUGAGUAAUAUUUUAUAUCUGCAACUGAUUUCCAGGUGAACUGGCCUGCUUUCCCUCCUGCACUAUCUUUGUUCUAGAAUCAAGAAUUUUGCAGUAGUCUCAGCCGGAAUGGGUAAACAUGAAUGAGAUGAGGUUGUAUUCAUUUCAGAGUUGGUUGCAUUAUUUAAGAAAUUGUCGAUUAAAUGGUCGUAAUUCGUGUUGUUGUACGUUGAGAUUAUUUAUUUGUCAACAAUACAGAUCCAUUCCAUUUACGAUUGUGAUUGUGAGAUCCAAAAAUUCCAAAGAUACAUUAAACGAGUAAUGUAACACUUAACAACAGUGGGCAGUGGAAGGGCAUGACAAUUGAGAAUGUGCCCAAUCUGCAUUAGGCAUGUCUCCUAGCUAGCAUUUUUUGCACUUAUGUGUGUGGGACAGUCACUGUGACUCACAGUAAAAAAAAACUUUUUAAAUUAAAUUUUAUGUCUUUAUGUUAUAUUUGUUUUUGGUCACGGAAUGUAUACUAUUUCUGUGGUUGAAUGAAAGUUAUUGCUAGUGCACUUCACAGACUGCUCAAGUGGUUGUUUGUGUACAGCGCUGUAUCUGUAGCCACUUCGUUGUUGGCAUCAGAUAUGUGUUUUUAGAGUUAGUAUAAGAUCUGUAAUGAAUCUAUCAUGUUCGUGUUGUGUUCGUAUGUAUGACACUAUAUUAAUAUCUUCAUUGUUCAUGGUUCAAUCCAUAAAUUAUUUACCUUGACAGUUUCAGCUGUCGUUCUGACAGCCAUCAACAUCUCACAGUUUUCGGAUCACUCAAAGAUGACACUAUAGUCUGGAAUCUUGGUCAGCAAGGCUGAUUGGGGCAAGACCUGUGCUUUGUGGUAUCUACAGUACAUACACUACAUAAUUUAAUGUUAUUGCGUUUUAUGGCCAACAGUGUAUCUUUGUAUUUUUGUGGUGUAUAAUAUAAUUAAAGUGACUACUGAA